UACAUUUUUUAUUUCUUUCAGAGAAGUGACGAUGUACAUAUUGAUUCUGUUAAUAAUAAUAUUCAUUCAAAACUCCAAACCCCAAUCUCAACAGGUUCAAGAUGUUUGUGGAAGAAGUUUAAAAUCAUGUCCCUCUAAUGUUAAUCUCCGAGUCACUGGAGGCCAAUCUACGUGCGCAGAGAGGGCUCCAUGGAACGUGCUUAUUGAGCACAUUAACCUUAGAGACAGGGCGCAGGAUGGUGGCGUGUACCCGUACUGUGCAGGUGUUCUUAUAACAGAACGUCAUGUUCUCUCAGCUGCUCAUUGUUACUGGGCCAACACAAACCAAUUUGGAAUCUGUCCUGAACAAUUUGAAAACAGUACUGCAGAGGAAAGAUAAACAUAAAUUAUCAAAUUUCUGAAAGGGAGUGUUCGCGAAAAAUUAAACGGGUCAUAGGUUGAUGUCGUAUUAAAUUCGAUAUCGAUCGCUACUAAUUUUGCUUUACUAUGUUGCGUCGAUAAGGAGAAAAUGUUA